AGGCAAGAUCUCUGCAGGCAGCAGACCCACAGCUCUCUGCGUUCCUGUCACAGCCAACAGUCCUCUGCUCCGCUCCAACAUGGCAAACAUCUCUAGCCCCACAGAGACCGAGCGGUGCAUCGAGUCCCUGAUUGCAGUGUUCCAGAGGUAUGCUGGACAGGAUGGUCACGGCCUUACCCUCUCCAAGAAGGAGUUCCUGAACUUCAUGAAUACAGAACUAGGUGCCUUCACAAAGAACCAGAAGGACCCCGGUGUCCUUGACCGCAUAAUGAAGAAACUGGACCUCAACUCUGACGGGCAGCUAGAUUUCCCAGAAUUUCUUAAUCUUAUUGGUGGCCUUGCCCAGGCUUGCCAUGAAUCCUUCAUAAACCGUGUCCGCUAAAAACCCGAGAAGCCCUUGAGCCUGGCCUCCAAGCCCGGGCCUGUCCUCCCAGCCCCGGUCACCAUCUACUCCUCACAGCCCACACACGCCCUGAGCCCAGCACACCCACCACCCCAUGCAGGCCACUCCUGCUGGUAGUAAUAAAGUAAUAUUGUUUUUGA